CCAUCAUCCCGCAGAUGGAGAUGGCAUUGCAGACCCAUCUUCCACUUGAUCUAAUCAAUCUAAACCUGCAUCAUGCUCUCCCACGCAACCAUUAUAGCUGCUCUAACAACAUCCCUUAUCAUCCGAGCUGCAGCUACCAUCAACUACAAUAGCAAGUCAUCACACACCCACCACUUCCCUUCCCCCCCCUCUAACAACCCACCAGCCCUCCCCUCAACCGGCACAAUCCUCAACCUCCCCCUCGCCAUCCCCCCACCAACCACACCCACACCGUCCAACCCAACGAAACCAUCCACACCAUCGCACGCAAAUACAACAUCGGCGCCUGCGACCUCGCGCGCUUCAACAUCCUCUCCGACCCCAACUACCUCUACACCAACGAACCCCUCCGCAUCCCCACCCACUCCACCUUCCCAUCCGACACCACCUGCUUCACGCCCAACAACACCCUAA